AUGCGUGACCCCUCGAGGAACACGAUUAUCAGUCUACGAAGCCACAUUCGCAAGCCCUCUUCAUCAACUAAGAGCAAUGUGUCGGAGAAAAGAGCUUCGUUCGGCUCUCUUGAUUAUCGGUCGACCACCCUCGAGCCGAACCACAUCAUUGUCGAGGACAAAGAGAUGGACGACGAGAGAUGGAGCCGGUUGGCAUUUGCGCUGGGCAUGCCUUACGGCGAAACGCAGCGCCCCAGUCCAGAAGCGACCAAAUUCGCUCAACAAGUCAGAAGUCGGCGAACUGUGAGCGGCAAAGAGAUGACCGACCUCCUCCUACCGCUGCUGGUCUCGGUGGCCAAAAACUACAGGAUCAUGAAAUGCCGGACUAACACCCUUUUCCACCGAGACGGUGUCCCGGACGAAGUGCCCGACUUCGAGGUCGAGGACGGGUGGAAGAUGCAGCUGCCAACCCCCAGACCGACUAUCACCCUGGGCUAUUCUAGCAAAGCAUUUUCCUCACAUCAGCUGGAGUUGCAGCACGGCAUCAUAUCGAACAGUCGGAACGAGCCCUGUAAUCUCGACAAGCUCUCCCAACCCGUGCCAGAUGUCUACUGGCCAUUUUUUGUUGUCGAGGUGCAGGACGAAUCAAUGCUUGCUGCUCGAAAUGCAUCCGCUGGGUCGGCAGCGACGUGCAACAACGCACUGAUGAUCUUCGCCGGGGCUGCAGAGGAGGCGCAGAGGUAUCACAGCGACAUGAAUUUCCUGUGGCGCCUAAGCAAAGCUGCACAAUCUUUCUCCCUCUCCAUCAAUGGCAAAACAGCUUGUCUCAAUACACACAAUUCAGAAGGCUGCUUGCCUCACGCUGUGGCGACUAUUCGAACAUAUCGGCUCGACAACGACAAGGAUGUUGAGUCCAUGGCGGCUCGGAUCAGCAGUAUCUUGGUAUGGGCAGAAAACUGCAGGCUGCAGUCCAUCAGCGAUCUGCUGAGCGCGUUUGACAAGCGUGUGAAGCUCUGCAGAGAGCACAUGACCCGGGACAGCUCUCCAUAUGAUCCACCCCAGCUCGCCAGCGUCAACGGGCCUCCUAGGAGUCGCACAAGCAUCAUCAGAAGUGUCAUAGCGGAGAGUCUGCCACGAUGGGCGCGGGCAUUUUAG